ACAAAGACAAGUGAACAUUUUUCUUCGGACGGCUAAGAAUUUUGCAGGCCAAAAAUACCUCCGAUCUCCACAAAAAUAAUCCAAAAUUGAUAUCCUAGGUUCAUUCUAGCCAUAUUUACUGAGGGUUAUUUUCUCAUCAUGAUACGAUUGAUGAGCCCAAGACGUUUGCCUAUCCAUUACAUAAUAACACCAUUUGCUGGGGCGAUCUUGUCCAGGAGUGCGAGUUAUGUCCAAGGACAGUCGCCAUCUCCUAAAGUUAGAGAGUAYUUCUACUUUAUUGAUCACCAGGGACAGCUUUUCCUAGAUGAUACCAAGGUUAAGAACUUUAUCACCUGUUUUAAGGAUAAAAUGUUUCUAAAGUUCUUUUUCCGGAGAAUCAAGCUUAACAGUACUGGUCACUAUGAAGAAGAGUUCCCUUACGUAUCCCCUUGUGGGGUGGAGAAGAACUACAUCCGCUGUGAUGUUCCCUUCGUGUUCGCCACCUUGACUGGACCCUCAGCAUCAGAUGAAGGUUCUGCAGGUCAYCUAACRUGUAACGGCAUUGGAGAAGAUCUCAUGUUCCCCUUUCAGCCUACUAAAGUCUGCAUGCYACCAGAAAGUGGGCGGAUAUACCACCCUGCGCCAGAGAAGACCGGUGGGGUGGGGCUUAUUAAAUCAAGUCUUGCUAUUGAACUCAGCCCUCACUUUGAAUACAGACGUGGAAACCAAGAAGUAGACCCUCCUACUCAUUUUCAGUGGAUGGGAAAGACUUAUGAGUUAGAUAAUUCAUUAUGGGAUUUGAUGAGAAAUGAAGAAGUGAAAAAGUUAAAAGGAGGAUUGAAUGUUCCAUCCAAUGCUUAUCAAAAUAUGGAAACACCUAAUUGAAAAAGCCUUGUCAGGUUCAAAAAAAGGUUAUAUCAUCAAAGCUAAGACCGAAGGGGAGCAUGGGAAGACAAACAAUUAUGCUAAUUUCAUGCGUAUUGCAGUUUUCCCUUCCU